AUGACUGUUUUGUGGGAUUCGGCAGACAUUCUCUGCGUGUACCACAACACCGCUCCAAAAGUUGCCAAUAAUUUGAUUACCCUGUUUGACAACGAAAACACCAUUCCGUUCAUCGCGCGAUAUCGGCGGGGACUGACCAACAACAUGGAGGCGGAGCAGCUCAGGGUGGUCAGAGAUGCAUACCAGGAGUUAAAGACUGUCAAAGAAAAGGCUAAAUCAGCAAUGGCCAAAAUUCGGCAGCAGGGUAGGAUGAAUGCACAAGUUCGAAAGAGCAUCUUAGCCGCGAAAAGCGUGUCAGAGCUUGAUGAUAUCAUGGCUCAGUUCAAAGUCCAGGCAAAAGGCACUCUAGCUGAGAGGGCGCGGAGUUUGGGACUGGAGCAAGUUGCUCAUCAAGUUUUGAAUGGUGAUGACAGACCUGACAUUAUCCAAGAUAUGAUCAGAAAAGACACUGAAGGGCUUCGGUCUUGUGAGGAAAUUGAAACUGGCAUCAUGCACAUCAUUGCAGAAGUCAUCAGCAAACACGAAGCUGUCUUGGACUUCAUAAGAAACUGCCCUCGCCAUGAGAUCGUGCUGGAAAGCAAGAAAAUGCGGGCCAAUAAGAAGCAAUCAGUGGAUGCAAAGAAGCACCAGAUGAACCAGCUGAAAUUCAAAGAGUUUCUGGAUUACUCCAUCAAAGUCAAAUACAUCCGCCCUCACACGGCAUUGGCUUUGAAUCGAGGCGAGAGCUUGAAGAUCCUCUCCAUCAAGAUCGUGCCUCAAAAGAGUGUGAAACAUUCUUUCAUAAAACUGUGUGUGAAACCUUGUUUGCCUGUGUUGGCUAUGGCUACACUAGGAGUGGCAGAAUCUAUCAUGGCGCAUUUCUGGACGCGUGGGACCGACUUGUGGUGCCAGCCAUCUCAAGACAUGUAAUGACCGAAAUGUUUGAAUGUCCUUCAAAACUUAAAUUUAGGUCAAUUUAGGCUUUAACUGAAUCCUAAGGGACGAGUUAAUGCAUUGGCAACAAGCAUUUUCCAGGCUUUUCCAGUAUCAUUCCUCAUUAAACUAUUUUAAACAGUAAUAGAUUAACAAAUUUUGUGGAAACUUUAGUUAAUAAUUGGUACCAAAAUACAAACAAAAAUAUUUGAGAUUACUUUUUAGUUUAAAACGGUUUUAUGGUUUUGACUCUAAAAAUAAAUUAUUCUCUUGGUUGUUUUUGUUGAAAUUGUUUGUCUUAUUGUGCUUUUUGUUGGAUGCUUUUAAUUUUACAACAAUUUAAAAUUUUAUUUUUCCUCAAUUGAAUUAUGGGUGCAAACAAAAGGGAUGUGUGCAAGAGAAAGUGUACAAGAGAGUGCCCAGAUUUGGGGUGCCAGGGUCACUCUCUUGAACACUUUCUCUUACAUUGUGCAUUUUUUAUAUUUUUGGGAAUUC